GUCGCGGAAUAUUGACGUUCUCUGAUUUUAUUUGUUUACAAAUCCAGGCGAAGUUCCAGAUUAGCCUCCAAAACACUAUAAUACAAUACGCUGAAAAUAAACUUCUACCGGUUUUUAUAGUAAAUAUUUGUAGAUCUAAAAAAUGGGCGAUUACGAUUCUGAUGAUGAACAAUCUCAACUUGAGAAGUUACGUUACGCUAAAAUACCGCGAGGAAUGUUUGUUAGUGGCUGGGAUGAUGAUGCAGAUGACCUAAUUGAGGAAGAUAAAGAUCCACAAUCCAGUAUAGAGAGAAUGAUUCUGUGGGCAGUAAAUGAAAAUAAAAUUAACGAGGUCCGCGAUAUAUUGAAAUUGGAUAAAGAAGCCGUUUCUGCAGUAGACGAUGACGGUUAUACUCCAUUACAUCGUGCGUGCUAUAAUAAUUUCGUUGACAUAGCUAAGCUGUUACUUGAAUACAAAGCUGAUCCUAAUGCACGGACAAAUAUGGGCUGGACACCAUUACAUUCAGCAUGUAAAUGGAGUAAUGCAGAAUGUGCUGAACUACUGCUACAACAUGGAUCUGAUGUAAAUGCGAAAUCUGAUGGGGAUCAAACACCUUUACAUGUAGCCGCAACUGUUUCUAACUGUCGCAAUACUUCUACAGUGUUGUUUAUGAACGAAAACAUAAAUUCACGAGCUUUAAAUAAUUCUGAAGAAACGGCUGAAGACAUUGCCCGGCGAACCGGUUUAACAUAUCCAAUAUUUGAGAUGGGUCACCCGGCUUACGAAGUUGAAACUGGUAUAAUAGAUUAAAAAGUCGUUUUGACUUGCAGAAGCAACCAUUAAA